AUGAACAAACUCAAACAUUCUAAACGCUAUCGGGAAAUUUCCCAAAAAAUCGAGCCAAAUAAACGCUAUUCCCUUAACGAAACUUUAAAAUUUCUCCAAGAAAAUAAUCAAGAAAGACAAGAAAAAAUUAUUAUCAUUGGCGAAGAAUUGCCCCCAACUCUUCAAAAUAAAGAAGAAAUAGAAUUAGUCAGUGCCGGAAAGGUUGCUCAAUUGGUUAAUAAGGAAAAAAAAAUGAUAAUAUUAACCCACACCUCUUACCAAGAUAAAAUUAAGCCCCUAGCUAAGAUUUUGGGACCAAAAGGAAUAUUUCCGAAUAGUAAAAAUGGCACUUUAACGGAUGAUUUAGAAAAAGCAGUAAAAGAAAUUCAGCAAGGGAGAAUAGAAAUCAAGACUGAUAAGCAAGGCAAUAUUCAUAUUUUAUUAGGAAAAGCCUCGUUUUCCUUAGAGCAACUAAAAAAGAAUUACGAAAUUGCUUAUGAAACUAUUAAAUCUUUAAAACCAACUAAUUGA